AUGAACUCGAUGAGUACGACGACGGGGAGCAGCAGCGGCGCCCGGAGCCGGAGCUUCGGGAGCAGCAGCGGCGGCGGGGGCGGGGGCGGGGAGGUCACGUGCGUGAGUCGGGCGGGGGAGAAGGAGGUGUACGUGAGGGCGGACAAGAUCGACCUGAGCAACCUGGACGUGGAGCUGGAGCAGACGAGGUCCAAGGUGUGGCUGGAGCAGCAGCGGGCCGGCGCCGCGUCGCCGCAGCAGCAGCCGGGCCGGGAGCUCCUCGAGUGGGAGAUCGACCUCGCCAAGCUCGACAUCGAUAACCAGGUCGCCAGCGGCACCUUCGGCGUCGUCUACCGCGGCACCUACGACGGCAACGACGUCGCAGUGAAGGUGUUGGACUGGGGCCAGGAAGGCCAGGAGACGAAGCACCGGGAGGCCUUCGAGAAGGAGGUGGCCGUCUGGCAGAAGCUCGAUCAUCCCAAUGUCACCAGGUUCGUGGGCGCGUCCAUGGGGACGUCCCAGCUGAAGCUCCCGGGGUCAAAAGGCAGCAGCGGGCCGGGGCAGCGCUGCUGCGUGGUGGUGGUGGAGUACCAGCACGGCGGCACCCUGAAGACGUUCCUGUACAACCACCGCGACAAGAAGCUGCCCUACAAGAAGGUCGUCCAGAUCGCGCUCGACAUUGCCAGAGGGCUGUGCUACCUGCACUCGAAGAAGAUCGUGCACCGGGACGUGAAGGCGGAGAACAUGCUGCUAAACAAGAAGAAGUCGACGGUGAGGAUCGCCGACUUCGGCGUGGCGCGCGUGGAGGCGCAGGACAACGAGAACAACAUGACGGGGCAGACGGGGACGCUGGGGUACAUGGCGCCAGAGGUGCUGGAGGGCCGCCCCUACGACCACAAGUGCGACGUCUACAGCUUCGGCGUCCUGCUCUGGGAGACCUUCUGCUGCAACAUGGCCUACCCCAACUACAGCAUCGCCGACAUCGCCUACCACGUCGUCAAGCUGGGUAUCAGGCCGGACAUACCGAGGUGCUGCCCGAGGACGCUGUCGGAGAUCAUGGCGCGGUGCUGGGACGGGAAGCCGGACAACAGGCCGGAGAUGGCCGAGGUGGUGGCGCUGCUGGAGAAGAUCGACACCAACAAGGGGAAAGGCAUGACGCCGGCCAUCCCCGACAACACUGCCCAGGGCUGCUCCUGCUUCGGCUUCGCCAAGUAGCGUACCGCCGUGCCUAGCUAGCCGUGUGUUUAACUACAGUAACAGUGUGUGUGUCUGUGUGUGAGCGCGCCUAGACUUGCGCAGCUGCAGUGACGGGCCGUGCAACUCUGCUCCGUUGCUUUGGUUUCCCCUUCUCGCGGAUCCCUGAACUCCGUGGUCUCGUCGUGAUAGUGUUUCUCUUGGGAGAAUUGUGGUACUCGCUGAAGUGUUGUCUUGUGUUUCCUUGCUUCGAAAGUGCACUGAUCUGCAUCUAGUUUAGAUGUUUUUC